AUGUCAAGUGAAUCUAAAAUCAACAUGUGUAUUUACGCACGAAAUGUAUUGAAUGAGGUUAAUGACAUUUGGAGUCUUACUGGUAUACCAGUAAUUAAAUCAUGUAAUGCAAUUUCAAAAAUUGUAAGACUCCAUAACGAGUGGAUUCUAUUAAAAAAAAAUAAGUCUCGCAAUACACAAACCCAAAAGUCGAAAGAAAAACGAUUUUCUUUAAAGUUGGAUCAAAUUUUCGAUUUAGCACUCCAAAAGUCUUUUAACCAGCUCACAGAAACACAAAAAGAAUUUUUAUCAAAUGAACGUAGAGCACAUAGAUCAAGCCCUAUUAUCUUCGAAACAAAUUCACAAACAGACAGUGAUGAAGAGUUAACUCGAAGUUUUUCUGGCCUAUCUACAUCAACUGGCAGUAAAUCUUUUCCAAGUUCAGGUGAACUCAAACGUGAAAUUUCAAAUUUUGAGAAUGAGUUACCUUCUCGUCUUAGACCAAAAAAGAAAAAAAACGUGAUAGAUCAGAAACUAGUUGCGACCCUAGAUCGCACACAAACGAGCGAUCGAAUGGCUGCAUACCUAGUGAAUUCCGUUGCUAAGAACUUCGACGUGGAUGUGGAUAAGAUAAAUACUAGCAGAAGUUCUCUACGACGACAUCGCAUGCAUCAACGGCAAGCAACUGCUAAAAAUUUGAAAGAAAAAUUAUCUUUCCAUCAUGUUUAG